AUGGAUGUACAAUCCAUCCGAGGCAAAGAUGAAACAGUUGCCACUGAAGCUAGGAGCGAGCUUGGCAUUGGUAUUGGCGAACCACCUAUUUUACCAGCAGGUCCAGUAUGGGUUAGGGUGAGAUUGUACAAGAGGCCUCCACAAAACAUGUUUGUCAACGGAAACAGAACCAGACCCAAGGGAAAGCUAUUACAAGCAUCACAAUCUAAUAGCACAGAGUACACUAUAAGUAUGAAACCAGACACAGAUAACUGCCUCAAAUUUGUGCUAGACGCAUUGACUGGGGUUGGAUGGAUGGAUGAUUUCCAAGUUUGCAAGCUUGAUGCAAUGAAGUGCUACGACAGUGUUGCACCCUUCACAGGAAGGACACUAAUCGAAUUUGGAUCUCUAGAUGAGUUGGUUCACUUUUAA